GAGAGAGAGGGUGAGGAGCUUGAGAAGCCUCUGUCUACUUUACAGAGUGGAACAAAUCUCUACAUGAAUCACUGUGCUGAAAACAGCAGAUUGAGAGAAAGUCUUCAAAUGGAGUUUUUCAACUCUGGGCUCGGAAGAAACAUCACCUUUGUGCGUCCUGCAUAUUUCAUAAUAAGUGGAUUUACUGGCAUACCUAACAUCAAGUUUUACUAUGUCUUUCUCUUUUUUAUUUACAUUGUUUCAGUGGUGGGAAACACAGCAGUGAUGACUCUUAUAAUUUUGGAUCAUAAUCUGAGAACUCCUAAAUAUAUUGCAAUUUUUAACCUUGCCUUUACAGACCUGUUUGGUAGCUCUGCUCUGGUGCCAAAGGUUAUUGACACCUUUCUGUUUAACCAUCACUACAUCCCCUACAACGACUGCUUGACAUACAUGUUUUUCUGCUACAGCUGUCUUUCAAUGCAGGCUCUUAAUCUGGUUGCACUCUCCUAUGACAGACUAAUAGCUAUUAUCUUUCCACUGCACUAUCAAGUGAAAGUGACUCACAGGUUCAUGUUUUCUUUGAUUGCUUCUUUCUGGGUCUUUGUCAUUACUGUUACACUUAUUUCAGUCGGCCUACUGACAAGACUUUCUUUCUGUAAUUCUGUGGUUAUUAACAGCUAUUUCUGCGACCAUGGCCCAAUAUACCGACUUGGCUGCAAUGAUGUCACCCCCAGCCGUGCAAUGGGUGGUUUGUCACCAAUUCUUAUUCUUUGGCUUCCUCUAGCAUUUAUCUUGGCAACUUACUGCUGUAUUGCCUAUGCUUUGUCGAAAAGUUUCCACAAUUCAGGAAAGAGUUAGGGCCUUUAAAACCUGUACAGGUCACCUGUCAUUAGUGGCAAUCUAUUUCAUUCCAAUAUUAGUCACAUAUACUCUGAGUGCAAAAAUACAUCC